AUGGAUCUUGCGGCUUUAAAUGAGACCGUCAACGACGCUGCCGGAAAAGCCCAGAAGAACGAAGGUCUUUCUGCUCAGUCAUUCUUAAUCUCUUUGGCUGUUUCUGGAAGCAUCUUCAUACCAGUCGUGUAUAUCUUCACCUUUCUGAAAGAUAUUGAUCACAAGCUUUUCCAACCAGGAUGUUUAGCGGAUCCUGAUCUCUCGCCAUUGCCCAAGGGCAGAACUCUUUGGGUUAAGCAAUUAUGGGAAUUUAUGAAAGAUGAUACGAAACUCACCGGUAGACUUUCAUUGGACUGUCGCUUCUUUCUGCGCCUACUACAGGUGGCCGUGAGGCUCUUCGCGCCGAUAGCUGUUAUUAUUCUUCCUAUACUACUUCCGGUGAAUUACACUGCUAAUGACAUAAAUGUUGGGGGUCUUGAUAAAUUCAGCAUAUCAAACAUCCAAAAAGAGCAACACAUAAGAUGGUGGAUCACAGUUUUCGCUGCAACCUUGGCCAAUAUCCAUAUCUGGCGUCUUCUACUUGUGGAAUUUAGAUUAGUUGUGAAGGCAAGGCAGAACUACUUUCAUGAAUGUUUCUCAGCUCAAAGAGCAGCUACAAUAGUGAUUACUAACAUCCCACCGAGAACGUGGAAUGGCGAAACUUUGAGACAGAUCUAUUCGGCCUUUAAUGGAGGGCCAGUGGAUGUAAUCCUACCACAACAGGAAGUCUGCGAUGGCAAGGAACUCGAGCUUAGAACCCUUCUCCAAGACCUUGAUACAAUAAUGCGAGUACGCCCGCAUAUAUCUAGGAAAAGGGUUAUUCCCUCAAGCAUUAAACUCAUGGCUUAUUUUCGAGAAAAAGCCCUUCUUGGAUGCAAAAUUCACAAUCUGCGAAGAGACAUUGAAAGAACUAAGAGUAUUGCACUACUUCACUUCUCAGACUUGUUCACAGCUCAUCUGCUGCUGCAAGCAAGAGCAUCUUCAAUACCAUUGGAACUAGAAGCACAUGAUACUGACUUAAAAACCUUGGAUCCUGUCCUCUACUACGGCAAACUUUCUAGAACUCUGCGGAGUAUCAGUAUCCUCGUGACCCUGAAUGUUUUGGCCAUACUUUGGGCAAUCCCAGUAUCCUUGACGGGACUUUUGUCACAGCUUGUUUACUUGGAUUCGAUUGGCUCGCAUUUACAUAUCCUGUCAGACAAAGAACUGGGUGCUAUUCAAGGGUUGGCUCCUCAAAUGGCAGCAUCCAUCCUCAUGUACUGUUUUCCGGUCGUUCUUCGGUUUCUGAUGAAAUACUAUAUUGCAUUUGAGCGUCCAGCUGUCGAGGUCUUGCUACAAAGACAUUACUUUCUAUUUCUUUACACUCAGCUUUUUAUUGUAGUUUCAAUAUCUUCUGGCGUUACUACUAUGAUCCCUGAGAUUGCCAACAACGUUCAAUCGGUACCGUCAUUGUUGGCCAAGAAUUUGCCCAAGUCGGGAGAUUACUUCUAUUCCUACUUCUUAUUGCAAACUGUCACACAAACUGCUUUGAUAUUAUUCCGACUACCUGACAGUCUUUGGGAUCUUACAGCUCCAUUGCAGCGUGUGUCUGAGAUCCUGUGUCACAGGGCCUCGGAAAACAAAACGACUUAUUUCGUUGCGGGUUUCGCGUCUACGAGCGAGGGUGAAAUCAGGAAGACCCGACUAGCAUCGUGUAGCAAACGGGGCAUACCGAAGCGAGAUGAACUCUGCUCUUCUAGAAUGAACUGGACUAUCUGUGGUCUAUUUGUCACAAUUGAGUCAAAAGGCUCUCGUCUACCAGUCGUUUACCUUCUAGGCGCACAUCUAAAUGACAAGAUAAGGACUGUGUUUGAUCCCGAUAUUUGCUUUUAG